AUGUCGUCUCAUGUGUCCAAACAACCCCCCGAGCCCACCCUCUUUUUUGGCGUGGAGGAGCGGGAUAGGAGAAGGCGGGUUUUCGCGGGAGUCGGCAGCCGGCAUCCGGAGGACGCGUGGCUCAGGGGCGCGGGAGACGAGAUGGGUGGCGGGGGUCGCUGGAGACGACGCGAGGGAAAGGGGAUGGACGAAGAAUAUAUACCCGGCUCCCAGCCCGUCCUCCCGUUCUUUCAGCCGCCUCGAUGGUCGCUGCGGACACUCAUGGGCUCCAACCACCCACCAGACGCCGCUCACGAAAGGCUUCCUCAUCACGAGAGACGUGCCAUGGCAUGUACGGGCGACGGCGGAACCAUCGACACGGACUGUGAUGAGGAGGACAGCAGUGGGUUGAUCUCAAAAAUCCGACGGCUCUGCGCCCUGCUUCCGCGGCAUGUUGGGCCUUCUGUGGUUGUCACAUCCAGCAGCGUGUUCGUAAGAGUUUUAGACAUGUGA